AUGAAGUACGAGAACCCCGGCCUGCUUGACGAGGCCCUACAGGCGAUUCCACUCGAUAGGAUCUACGGAGAGGCCGAGGAGGAAUGCCAAGUACUCCAAGCCGAGGCCGAGAGUAUGGGCGAUGGGCGCAAAGCGGAAUGGGGCUACCAGGAUUGCAUGAUCCGCGCCCUUCUCAGGUGGUUCAAGAACGAUUUCUUCACAUGGGUCAACAACCCUCAGUGCCCCCUCUGCCUUUCUCCGACCAUCGCCCAAGGGAUGACGCAGCCGACGCCGGAUGAGAAGGCCUGUGGUGCACUGCGCGUCGAGCUCUACCGCUGCUCCAACAACAACUGUCGAGCGUAUGAGCGCUUCCCCCGGUACAGCGAUGUCUGGCGUCUCAUGCAAACACGGCGCGGGCGAUGCGGCGAGUGGGCCAACUGCUUCAGCAUGCUCUGCCGCGCAAUCGGUGGCCGCGUCCGUUGGGUAUGGAACGCUGAAGACCACGUGUGGACCGAGGUCUACUCGGAGCACCAAAAGCGCUGGGUCCACGUCGACGCCUGCGAAGAGGCGUGGGACAAUCCCAGGCUGUACACCGAGGGCUGGGGCAAGAAGAUGUCGUACUGCAUCGCCUUCUCGCACGAGGGCGCGGCUGAUGUCACCAGGCGCUACGUGCGCAAGUCCGAGUAUUAUAACGAACGCAACCGCUGCCCCGAAGAAGUCAUGUUGUAUGUCAUGCAAGAGAUCAAACACCUACGGCGGGCCAACUUCGAGAAACAGAAACGCUUCGACCUAGAGAAGGAGGACUCGAGGGAAGACCGCGAACUCCGCAGCUAUGUCGUCGCCUCGAUCACACAAGCCGUGACCCAGCUCGUGCCAACAGCAGUCGACGCCGGCCCGAGCAGGAAUGGACUUGCCGUCCGUAACGGACCCUCGUCCAGUGACGAUACCAAGGUUCCCGUAUCUGCCGAGAUACCCGCCCGCCAGAGCGGCAGCGCCGAAUGGGUGGCCGCCCGUGGGGAGAACGGCCGUCGAAACCAAGGAUUCCCGCCCCCUCGUGGCCAGGGCCCGCCAUUCCCCUAA